UACUUGUCACUGUACAGUACCCUACAUCAAAACAGGGUAAUUAAAAGAGCUUUUUGAAGCAUAAUCCAUUCCAAAUGGUUGUCCAGGUCAAACCUAGCUCGCAUCACUGCAGCAAGACAAUUGAGGGAACUCAGCAAAAAGUGGAAGCUAAUAUCUUAUUACUUGGGGCUGAAAAUGUAGGGAAAUCAGCGCUCACCGUCAGAUUUAUUACCAGAAGAUUUAUUGGCGAAUACGGUGAUAUAGAAUCAAUUUACAGUCACAUUGACACAGUUGACGGGAGGGAAAUAUCCUUCAACAUAUGGGACUCGCUCUACCCACAGGACAGUGCAAUAACUGAGUCGAUAAGUGAGAAACAGCUUCAAUGGGCAGACGGCGUGAUACUGGUAUACAGCAUAUGCGACCGCUCCAGCUUCGAGGUAGUGCGUCAACAAGUGCAGCGCAUCCGCCAUGCCAGUAGGAAGAUGUCUGCAACAGCGCCCAUCAUCAUUGUUGGAAACAAACGCGAUUUGCAGCACCGACGGACAGUCUCAAGUGAGGAGGGCCGACUCCUUGCUCUCUCGGAAGACUGCGUAUUUUUCGAGAUAUCCGCAGCUGAAACAUACCACGGUGUUUUGCUGGUGUUCCAUGGACUGAUAGAUCUUAUCAAAGAGUCGAGAGCUCUGCGGAAAGGUGCCGCGGGUAUUAAAAGUAUAGUGAGAAGCAUGUCAGCUGUAUUCGGGAAGAAACGUGCAGAGUAAUCUACCACAGGAUAGUCUACAUUAUGCGCAAUGGGAUUUGGAUAGUCAGAACAUGUCGUAGGUAUGCUACGCGGUUGGCCAAUGCAGACUUGGAGGCGCAAUUGAGAAAAAUGGUCUAUGGCAGGUUGUAGUCCAACAGCAGGUGCGUUCUAACAACUUCAACAGGUUUUGAUAGGGAACUUCAUUGGGACGGUUUUCAGAAAGGAGAAAUUGGUUAUCUUGUAGAGUUACACAAAAGUUUGAAUUGCAGAUGGAAGCAAUCAAUCAAUAAUUUAUUCUACUUUUUGAAGUUGAAAAGUAGGUAUACAGUACUGUAGAUAAACUGUAUGAGAAAUCAUGUGCGGUUCCAUCCUUCACUCAAUAGGUAUUCAAUGUGAAGCAUGAGCAGGAAUCUGGAGUAGCUGACAUCUGACAAUACUGUUGAUCUGAUGGAAGUCCUACCCAUUGUCAAUUGUUAGGGAAUUUAUUUUCAGUGACAAUGUACACUCGAAGUUUGUAAAAUGUUGAAGGCUUGAUGUGUGUAUAAUCAGCAAUGCAAAACAGCAAACAAUUGCAUUUCAGUAUUAUACUUUAUCUGAAAACGAACGUUAAACUUAGGAAUUCUAUGUUACAAGUUCUAGCAGACUUGAUGCUUAUAUGUGCUGUGCACACGUUUGUUUGAGAAUUGUAAAUAAUUGAAUAUAUUGAAAUGUGGAUAAAAGUAUUUCAUUUCUGUGUAAUAAAUCUUGGGGAAAAGUUAUGUUGUAAUUUUAAUGUUUAUACAAUGCAUGAAACCGGAAUGGGUUAAUCUGGGAAAGUACAUGUAUGAGCUGAAUACUGUACUGUAGAUGGGGAAAUUAAACUUUAUUUCACUCUUCAUAACCUCAAUACAUUUCACAUCAGCAAUACAAAUGUUAUUUAUUUCUUGAAUACAACCAAUGUUAUGUUGAUGUAUACUGUCGGACAAUCUAAACGUGUCAUGUAUUAUAUGUUUUGAAAUAUUAAAUGUUAUGACAUUGUAAUAAAGACACAUUUUCUACUGUC